AUGAGUGAAACGAAAGUGAUACUAAACAGUGCCAACGAUUUGCUACUGCUUGGAGAUGCUAUCUGCAAUGUGCCGCUAAAGCACAUAGCCCAGACUUCCCUCAAAGGACUUCGGCGCCAGGAAAGCGACAUCGAACUGUACGAGAUUUUGCUUACCAAUAUUAUACAUCAGUUCGAACCGAGGGAGUUUGAAGCGGAAAUAUCGUGUGCCAUUUUACCAGAAUUAGUAUGCUUUCUAGAAAAGAUUCAAUCGGAAGUACAAUCGAACGCGCUCUCGUUUUUCUUCGUAGAAAAUCUUACCAUUUUACUAAGAGUGGCUGACGUGCUACUGAAAUUCGUCGAGUAUCUUACAGAAAAGGAGGAACAAUGUCAGCUGCUUCGAUCGCUUGUAAUAUUUCCAGAAUAUCUUCUGCGUUGCUACACGAUCGUCCGAAAAAAUUAUGCCACCAUGGCACGCGAGUCCGAAGCUCUCGAGGCGAUGAAGACACUUUACGCCGUGUGCAAGAAGCUUUUGAUGGCCUAUCUGGAACUGUUGUAUCCACGGGAAACGUCCGGACGCAGUUGCAACUACUUUCGUGCAAUAGAUCAUGAAGAAGAGUACAAUUGUUUGGAGAAAGUAUGUAUCCUGUUGGCCAAUGUGGGUAAUGAAAUCAGCCCCAUCGAUUCACUGCUUGCUAGUGACGUGUGGAAAGCGAUCGUGAAACUUUGCACAGAUCACGCGGAACCGUCGUUUAGUCGCGACAGAACUCGAUGGCUCGGUGAGAUUGUUACAAUUCUUAAUACCGGCAUCAACACCUCAUUCUUGGACGUACGGACUAAAAAUGAGCCCAGCAAACAGAGCACGAUCGCAUUAAAGUUGAAUGCAUUCUUCCUUCGUGUGAUGUUAAAGAUACUUACGCUUUCAAAGCAGUACACGGGAGUGUGGAUUUAUGCUUCGAUUAUACGUACCUUACUCGAAGUGAAGUCUUGCCUGCGUAUGAAAACAAUCUGCAAUGAAGUGGCAGCGGGCGUAGAACAGUACCUGCACAUCGGCUAUAUGGCCAUCGUGGAAAAUUCUUAUCGUACAGAAUCAUUUACGAAGGCAUUAUUCCAGUAUGAUUGUACAACACAGGAAGAAACUCAUUCUUUCUUCCAUCUCAUGAUGCACAUAGUCACCCAACUAGUUUCGAACGCGAACGAUAACGUCUUGCUAUCACUGUACUGUAAACGGGAUAAUCUUCUGCAGCAUGUAUGUAGCCUGCUAAAUCGGUCUGAUGCAUUGCUCUACCACAACGGUACGCUGUACAAACAAUUGCUGGUCCACUGUUCGGCACUCGUUCUGAUGGGCGUACGCUUGAAAGACCGAGUAGCACAGAAAAUGAUUGAAGAAGCGCUUGUUCGCAUGGUUCUACAAGAGCACUACUACACGGCUUUGUUCGGAAUCGAUCUUUGGUCAAUAUUUGUUCGCUACCAUUCCACCCAGCUAAUGUACGCGUAUUUCAUUUUCUGGAAGAAAAUUAACGAUCACUACUCGAUCUUUACCAGCCGCCCGAAACAGGUACACGUUCGGUUGCUGUUGCGCAAUCUGUUCGUUUUUCUUCCGGUUACGCAUAAAGAAAAGCUACUCGACACUUUUCCCGCCACCGACAGUGCACACGAUCGCCUAUGGGUCGCCUUGAGUCCGUUACCUGCAGAAAUUGAUGAAUCGAAACGGAGGCAGUUCAUGGCAUGUUUAGAAAAGCGAUUAUUACAGGGUAUCAAAGCAUGGCAACAAGCUCCUGGAAACGUUAAAGUGUUCUACGAGGUGCUAGGUUUACUCUCGAUCACUGGCUUAGCGACGAGGACGAUCGAAGCGUCAACAACUUCACUUUGGACAUCGCAGUUAAAAUGGUGUACGAUCCUGAAAACAUCUUCCGCCAGCAGUAUAUUCGAUUGUCUGGAACGUAACGGCCCGGGUAUGUCCUUGGGCACAGUGCUAAAGCCCACGAAUGCUCUAGCACUAGCCGAAGCGAAACCUUUUGUGAAGUAUCAAAUUGCAAAGCUCAUCGCUGCUCAUCCUUAUUCUUCAAACAAUGUGCAGAGUUUUCUUGAAGUGCUCGAAAACGACAAUGUACCCUUCGUAAAGGCAUUCGCCUUUGAUGUGCUACGCAAACUCAACGACAAACAGAUACCUAUCGCACAACAAAUAUUGAGCAAACAGCCUCAACUUCAGUCGCAGCUAAGCCGAUGGCACACCAAUAACUCUAGAAAAUUGCCUCCGUUAAGACCUAGAAGUCAUGCCAGCGAGCAUCGCUGUCAGCAGAUCGGGGAAACAGUGGAAUCACCGGAUUCAUUAGGUAGCUUAAUGCUCACCAUUAGCAGCAAAGUGAAUGAACUGUUUCCGGAUGAUGGAGAUGAAGUCAUUCAAGAUAUAGAUGUGGGGAUGUUUGGGGACAAUGGUUCACAAACGAAGAAGCGAAAAUUUAAUGCAACAGCCGAAGAUUGUGCCGGUGGUGCAGCGAAGAUCAACCAGUGUCUGAAGGAGCUACAGAGCCAAACAGUGCUUUUGGAACGUUUAAUUCCCGCGCAACGCUUGCAAUCAUCGCAGAAGGAACAGCUGCAAAGUAUAAUAGCUACACUGACGAGAGCAUUGGAAAGUUGA